AUGGCGACAUCUAUUUUCGAACAAUCACCUCCAACACUGAUAUUUAACUCGACAACUAUCGAAGAUCAAUUAAAAUGUAAAAUUGAUAGUUCAGUCUUAACCCAUUCGUAUACAUCAGCAAUUUUCUUUGCAGACAAAUUAUUAAAUUUAGUUCCAUUAAAUUCUAAAAAAUAUAUAGAGAAUUUAUAUAUACUUUGUAAUGCAUUAUAUUGUGAUAAACAAUAUCAAAGAUCAUCAUUUUUAAUUCAAAAAUAUUUAAAUCAAAGAAAUUUAAAACAUCAAGGAGAAGAUGAAGCCUUAAUAAUAUUAAAAUUAAAAUAUUUAUCAGCAAAAUGUAAAAUAGAGACCAACGAGUUUGACCAAUGCCUACAGAUCUUAGAUAAUAAUCAUAAUAAUACAGAUAAUAAUAAUGAAGAUGGCAGUAUAAUCAACAACACCAAUAACAACAUCAAUAAUAGCAAUAUAAAUGAUAAUUUAGAUGAUUAUGAUGACUAUGAUGAAGAAAAUUAUACAGGAAAAGAUUUACUUAAAUUUUAUGUAAAUAUGAAUAAAAGCAAUACAGAUAAUAAAAAUGAUGAAAAUAUCAAUAAUAAUAAUAAUAACAGCAAAAAUAAUAAAGAAAUAUUAAUAAUAAAAUCAAACAUUGCGUUAAUUAAAGGAAAAUGUUUUGAAAAUAUGGAUAAUUUAAAAAAAGCAAAAUUUUGGUAUAUCAAAGCACUACUUUUAGACUACAACUGUUAUGAAGCAUUCGAAUCACUUACCAAAAGUCAUUUAUUAACAUUCCAAGAGGAAAUUCAACUUUUAAAAAAACUCAACUUUCAAGCAGAUGAUAUUUGGUUAAAAGAAAUUUACGCACUUUCACUUAAAAAAUAUGAUAACCCAAAUUUUACAUCACAUUAUAACUAUAUAGAAUUGUACGAUAACUCAUUAAAUAACAAUGAUAAUAAUAAUAAUAAUAAUAACUCAACCAACACAUCUACAAAAACAAAUAAUUCAAAUAAUAGUUUAUUAAAAAUAAAUGAUAUUAGAAAUAAACUAAUAAAUUGUAAUGAUAUUUUAACAAUGAUUUCAGAAUAUUAUUUUUAUAAACAACAAUUUCAAGAAAGUUAUUCAAUUACAAAGAAAAUUUUAAAAGAAGAUAAAUAUUAUAAUAAUAGUACUUGCAUUAUGGUAUUAAUAUCAUCACUAUUUGAACUACAAUUAACCAACGAACUAUAUUACACAUGCCAUCAAUUAAUAGAUAGCUUUUCACAAAACUCCUCCAUCUCUUGGUACGGUAUUGCAUGCUAUUAUCAGUUAAUUCAAAACUCUGAUCUCACUCAAAAAUUCUUUACCAAGGCCACAACAUUAAAUAGUCGUAUUGGUGCUUUUUGGCUAGGUUUCGGUCACUUUUUCGCAACUAAAGGUGAGCACGAUCAAGCAAUGGCUGCCUAUAGAACAUCAUCAAGAUUAUUAACAGGUUGUCAUUUACCAUUACUUUGUAUUGGUAUGGAGUUAAUCCGUGUCCAUAAUUUAAAUUUAGCAUCUCAAUACAUCCUUCAAGCCAAAGAUAUCUGUCCCUAUGAUCCAAUGACAUUUAAUGAAUUGGGUAUUAUAGAAUAUAAAAACUCUCAAUUUGAAGAAGCUAUCAAACUUUUCGAAAUGGCUUUAGAAAUCAGUAAAAUCAAAAAUAAUAAUAAUAAUCAAUUAAAUUAUAGUUUUAAUAGUAAUGGUAAUAUAAAUAACAAUAAUAGAUUUAAACUCAAUAAUAAUGAAAAAAAGAAAUCAAUGGUAAUGAUGUCAUAUAUGGAGUCAUGGGAACCAACAGUUUACAAUUUGGCCCAUUGCUACAGGAAAUUGCGUAGAUAUGACUUGGCUCUUCACUAUUAUAAUAUGUCUUUAUCUUUAAUCCCAAACAAUCCCUCGACUUUUACCGCUCUGGGUUUCUGUUAUCAUCUUCAAGGCAGUUUUGAUGAAGCUAUAGACUACUAUCACCAAAGUCUUUCAAUAAGAGAUGACACCUUUACAAAUGUACUUUUACAUAAAGCUUUAUCUUUAUCGAUUUUAAAUUAUGAUUAA